AUGAACUGGUUCUGGGCUAACUGGUAUCACGUCAAUGCCGGUGUCGCUGUAUUAGCAGCGAGCAUUCUUGCCGCUUAUUGGAAUCACUUUGAUCUGGUACAGCGAUGCAUUAUUGCCAACUUCGCCGUCAUGAAUCUCCAUCACUGGGAAGAGUUUGGCUUUCCGGGCGGGUUUACAGGACUCUGCAACAUUGCGCGCUAUGGAAGCGAUCGUCCUGCUCACUACCCACUGAAUCAACUCAUUGCCGCAUUUGGUAAUAACUGGUUCAACUACAUCGUCUAUCUACCGCCGUUAUUCCUACCAAAGGUCACCUUUCUCACCCUUUGUCCCAUGGCUUUUGGUCUCCUGGAAGUGUUUGGACAUGGUGUCUUGAUGAAUGCUCUGGUUCGUCGGCCGUACAAUCCUGGUCUUGCGACUUCUAUUUUCGGCUUUCUUCCAGUUGGUGUGACAUACCUUCAGCACGCUCACUCCAAUAACCUCAUUAGCGGGUUGGAUUGGUUGUUGGCAUUUAUGUUUGCCAUGGCGAAUUAUUAUGUUAUCUUUUAUCACAUUGGUAUCGGCUACAUGGGCAGCAAGACGACUCCAUACGCAUUCACCAAAGAGGAAAUGGACCGAUACAACCCUUCACUGUGGUCCCCUUCUGUCUGGCUGGCUUAUUACCGAGACAACUGGUACUACUUUACGGCCAUCGCCUUUGUGAUUAGCACUUUCGUCAUGGGAUUUUUCGGCAACCUCUUUACUCGCAUUCAGACCAUCCUCAUUUAUAACCUCAUGGCACUUUUUGUACAUCAAGUCGAAGAGUACAUAUUACCCGGUGGCGGACCUCUUGUUAUCAAUGUUGCCUUUUACGGAGAGAGAAAGGACUAUGACCGCUUCCCUGGCAACAAGCUUAGCAUGGCCUGGGUCAACACACUUGCAUAUCCUUUCUACAUAAGCGCUGUCGUAUUUCCUGACAACGUCUGGCUGGGUCUGGCUCAAUGCUUCUUUGGCUUUUUUCAAGUCAUUGGUCACGGUCUAGUUAUGAAUAUCAAGGCCAAUACAGCAUACAACCCAGACGUCGCCAGCGCUCUACUAUUACACUUGCCUAUUGGCAUCUACUACAUUGCGCAUGUUCAUGAUCAUCAGCUGAUCCAGGCUGUGGAUUGGAUAUAUGGACUCGGUGGUUUCAUCCUGGCUUCGAUCCUGACUAUCGUCAUCCCCAUCCUCAGUUGUCGCAAUCGCCAGUCGUCGUAUCCCUUGACGGCGAAGGAAAUGGCUGGAUUCAAUUUGCUGAACAAAUACCGCGCAAAAGGUCUCUUGAAGACCGACUGA